AUGAAAGUAUCCAAAGGUUUAAAUAGAAUUCCUAUUGAAAGUCAAGCUGUUUUUAAAAAUAAAUUAAUUAAUGAAAGGAUAAGAUCACCUGUACAAAAACAAGAACCAAAAUUGCAUGCUCGAGAGUAUCCUUCAAAAGACAAUCUUAAUUACCGAUCCCCCUCAGUACCCCCAACACUUAUAUCUUCUUCAUCAGGAGGUUAUCAUCAACAACCAUGUCAAACUGUUGGUUCAACACAUUCUAAUCAUAGUGGUUCUUCUUACUCCCGCAAACAACCUACUUCAUAUUAUCACGGACAGCCAUCUCAACAACCUCCACACCAUUCUUCUACUAGUUCUGGAUUACUACGUAGAGUAGAUUCAAGAACAGGUCAAAGUUAUGGUUCAGUAGAUCAUCUUAAUCAACAAAGUAAUAGUCAAGUACCUAUUGUAAAACCUAGAAAUAGUAGAAAUCAUAUACAGAGACCAGCAUCUGUUACACCUAUGAUGGCUCCAGAGCCAAUAGUAAGGCGGAUACCUUCAAGAUUACUUCAAGCUCAAGUUUCUCCUGUUCCACCAAGUUAUAAUACAGCAAGACCAUUUAUACCAAAACCGUUACCGGAUGGAUAUAGGGUAUCUAAUUGUGUGAAACCUGGUGUUAAUAAAAAAAUAACAAAUUAUAGAAGAAGAAGUCGUAGUAGACCAUUAUCACCACCAUCAGGAUAUUUAGCAGUAUCACCAAGAUCCCCACCACCUCAAAAUCCAGGGCAAACUAAAAGAAUGGCUCAACAAUUGAUGCAAAGAACUGGUUCAGCAUUAAAUAUUAUUCAUGGUGGUAGGCAAUCAGUUCCAGUUAAUUUAAUGAGACCUUCAUUAUCAAGAAGAUCCCAUCAUGGAAAUACCUUGGUUCCACCUCAAAUACAUAGACAACCAAGUAGUCUUAUCUCACCAAAUGGAUCCAGAAAGAAAAUUAAAAAGAAUCAAGUUAGUGAAGCUCCAAAGAAGGAUGAUCUGGAUGAACUCUCCAAGCUUAACAAGAAUUUAAUUGAACGCUCUAAAGGUUUAAAAAAAGAUUUCAAAUUAGUCUCAUCUGAAAUUAUUAAAACUGAUCCGGAACCGGUGCCUGAUAUGUAUAAGGAACAAUUAAGAGAAAUGCUUGAAUCUCGUAUCUCAACUGAGACAGUUCCUUCUCCACUAACCUUGAAUGCAGCAGUUGAUCGGUCCGGUUAUGUAACAGAUGCCUCAUCAACAAAUUGGCAGUUUAACAGCUCUUUCUCUCCUAGAAGUGUUGUUAGUGUUAAUGGAGGGACAACUAAAGAUUAUCAUCCUACGAUUUUAAAAGUUCGAACUAAUAAUGUAGAGAAACGUUACAAUAGAUCCAAUAGCAGUCUUACUAAUUCUCUAUUAACAACAACAGAGACCGAACCAAUCGUUCGAGAAUUUACAGAAACUUAUUCUCGCAUUAAGGUUCGUAACAACAAUGAAUCUUCAAAUAUCAGACAAGGAAAUGAAAGAAUUGAAAAUAUAAGAAAAGAGCCGGUUAAUAUUAUUAAAGAAAGAACAAUUUCACCCACGGUUAGAGUUCCGCUUCCACUAUCAUCUAGUGCUAUUAAGCGUCGUCACUCUCCUACCUCACAUUCUCCUAACUAUUCAACACCAGAAAAGUUAACCACUACCAUUAUUGAGCUUAAGGAUGAUAAACCAAGAGGAAUCAUUAAACCUGUUGUUACAAAACCAAGAAUAACUGAAACUAUUAAAAGAAUUGAGGAAACCAGAAGAACUGAAGAAGUUGAGAGAAGAGUACAAAGAAAAGAAAAAAAACAUCGCUCUCAUAGAUAUCAUCAUGAUGAUCAUUAUAUGACUGAGAAUCAUUACAGUGGAGAUAAUCUUGCUGAACGAAGAAAAAUCCUCUCCGCUGAGGAAGAGAAUGAGAUUAGAAAUGAAGCAAAAAAAUUAAAAACAUUACAUAGAUCUUCUUCUAUGGGAGAUAAAAAAAUUACAAAUUAUUAUCAUAAAAAAAGAAGAUAUACUUCAGAAGAGUUUGAUGAGGCUGUUAAAAGUGCGUAUACAAGUCUUAAUGAAGCUUACUAUGAUAAUAGUCAUAGGAGCUCUUCAAUGAAUAGAAAUGGAAUGCUUCCUAUUGGAUAUUAUCCUGGUUAUGAAAAUUAUAAUCGUACCUCAACAACGAGACGUGACUAUGAAAAUGGUUAUAAUGAUAAUUCAAAUUAUCAAAUGAAUGGAGGAAUAAUGAAUCAACAAGGGCGUUACGGUAGUAGUCUUUCAGAUUCCCUUCGUCGUGGUGAUGUUAAAUAUAAUCCAAAUGGAGAAAUUCGUGAAACAUAUACAUAUGAUAAUCGUGGACAUCGCCGUAAUUCUAAUGCUGGAUAUGGUAUGCAUAAAAGUUACUCAACAAGAGAUGUUAUCAGAGAUAGUAAUGGAGGUUAUUAUGGUUCAUACUAUAGAAAUCCACCAACUCAACCAUUUGUUGAAUUUCCACCAACAUUACCAAGAAGACAUGGUGAACCACCAAUUCCACCACCACAUAGAAGUGCCUCACAAAUGGGAAUGGAAAGUCAAUAUCGACCAAUUUCAAAAUCACAUUCUUAUGCUGAUUGGAAUGAUCAAAGAAAUCAAAGUGGAAAUUAUUCAUAUGGUAGAAAACAUGAUGAAGAAAUGUCUAGACUUGAAAAUGAAUUCCGUGAUUCACUCCUUGUACCACUUAAUAAUGGUAAAGGAAAUGUAAAUGAUUAUGAACAUCGUGUUGAACAAAUUCCUGGUGGAUUUGAAGAGUAUAGUCGUAGCGUAAAAGGAAACUCUGGAAGACGUUUAAAUCGUGAUGGUGUACCCACAGAUUUUAGAGAGCAAUCUCAUAGUUAUAGUUUCCAUAGAGAACAAGCUCAUUAA